AUGCCGCCGUAUCCGGGCACGGAAGAAAGCAGCUGGUUCCCCGCCCUGGUGUGUACCUUUCUCGCCAUCGCGCUGGUACUGUCGGAUGAAGCCCAAACAAUCUUGCCGGACGACGUCUUUUCGCAUGCCUUGAGUUGUGGCAUUCUGGCGAUGGCCUUCUUUUGCAUGUACAUCCUCAUCAAGUCCAGUUUCCGUCGCAAGGCGGUGAAAAACCCUCUAGGUCACACCAGCGUGUCCGAAAGGCGGGAGACGGCGCCGCUGAGAAUCCUCCGAGGAGUGAUAAAGAAGUAUUCGGAGAAGAAGGAGUGGGGAGUGAUCGGGGUGAGGGAAUCCGAGUCCGAUUCAGAAUCAGACGACGAGACUAUGGUCCGCUUCCUGCGCAGUGAGCGGGACCGCGUGGGCUUGCAGCCUGGGGACCCCGUCAUUUUCAGGGCGAUCCCGGAUCCUCAUAUGCAGGGAUGGCUGUUGGCGGAGACCAUCUGGAAAGCCCCGCAGGAGGCAAGCAGGCCCCCAGCGCAGCCGGACUCUCUUGCAAAGCGCAAGGUGCCCCAGGCUGCGCCAAAAGCCGACUGA